CUAUUUUUCAAAAUUACUUUCACACUUUUGUCAAACUAGUUUUUUUUGGGCAAAUAUUUUAAAAUUAAACAGUUAAAAAUAGUUUCAUGGGCAACAUUCAAGAAACUUAAGCGCACAACUAUCGAAAACUAUCGGUGUCAUCCCGUCUCCACUAUCGAUUCCUCCAACAUUAUGUGAAUGAGGACCAUAAAUCAUUUAGCAUUAUUAUGUUAUUGAUUAGUCGCUCUUAAAAAUGCCGUUCCUAAAAGAAAUGAAAAAGAUACCCAGAUCGGAAAUCCUAGAAACUAUGAGUAAAAAAAAAGGUCUGAGGCACGCAAUUUUUAAUACUGUAGGCGACAGGUAUAUUGGAGAAUGGAAAGAAGACGAAAAAACAGGAAAAGGUGCCUUAUUGACACGUUACAGACCAAAAAGAGAAAGACAACUAUAUGAAGGAGACUUUGAGCGCGGCUUUCGUCACGGUUUCGGGGUUUUGGCUUACGAAAAUGAAGAUCACGUUUUUCUGCUCGAAUAUAGGGGGAAUUGGAAAAGGGGUAGAAUGAACGGUUUUGGCUUAAGAAGAUACAGAGACGGCGGUGUUUACAUUGGAAACUGGAAACAUGGCAAGAGAGACGGUUACGGACUCAUGUGGUAUCCCAACGGUGAGUUUUAUGCUGGCGACUGGGUAAAGGAUAAAAGGCAAGGUUUGGGAAUGUUGAUCAGACCAGACACAAGUAGGUAUGAAGGAUGUUGGUACGAGGAUAUGAAGCAUGGAAAAGGCAUUUUCCUGCACCUUGUAACCGGUCAAAAGCAACAAGGUGUUUGGACCCGAGAUGUAUGUGUUUUCUGUACAUUUAAAGAUAUUCGAUACCGCCAAAGCGUUCGUCGUCCUACUAAAUACCCCAUACACCUGGUUAAACUGGUCGGCAUUGAUGAACUAUGCGAAACUUGGCAAAUGAAAGCUUUGCAAGAAAUAGUCCAAUCAUGUUUAACUCUUCACAAGAGUUUAUCCUCUGAAAUAAACCAAAUUCCAUAA